GGCUGAGCCGUGCUGUCUCUUCCACAGCAGAGAGAGGGAGGGGAUGGGGCAAGCUGGUAACCGGGCUGUAACGGGGAUAACCUGCAGCCUCCGUCUCUCAGCUGCUCCGAUGGAGUGAACCGGGCCACGAUGCGCGUUUAUUUCCUUUCUCUGACGCUCAUGGAAAGGGUUCACCUGGCACCUCAGUGAAGCCUGGGCCAGGGGGUCAGAGGUCGCCCACCGAACCUGCACUUCUCCCUCUUACCCCUACACCCCAUCUCACCCCUUUCCUCCCCUUAUACACCGGCCCCCUUUAGCUGCUGUCACCCUACACUGUCUUCUGUUCCAACAACUGGGACUGCCACCUUAUAGCCUCACUCACAAAUUCACAGAGCUGCCACGUCCAUCCUCCCCCAGCACUUGUUUCUCGCCUGUGAGCAUCAUCCAGUCAGCUUGAGAGGAAAGACCCCCCCUCCCCCCCGCACCCCCCAGAAAAAGAUAAACAAACUAACUGUUGUGCAUUUCAUGACGAGGGCUGACCGGCCGCUCACCAGACACUCUGCCUAAGUGUCCUCGUCAUCUUCUCAGAUAACACCUCUCACACCCAGGCCUCAAGAUGAUGUGCGAGGUGAUGCCCACCAUCUCGGAGGACGGGCGCGGUGGAGGUGGAGGUGGCUCGUCUUCCCCGGCAGGGGGCGGAGGAGGAGGGAUGGGUGGCGGAAUGGGAAGCAUGGGGGGCUACGGCAGCCGGGACCCGCGUGGUGGCGGUGGCGGCGGCGGUGGUGGAGGCGAUGAAGGAGGAAGCACAGGAAACCUGGAGUCGCUGAUGGUGAACAUGUUGACGGAGAGGGAGAGGCUGCUGGAGAGCCUGAGGGAGACGCAGGACAGUCUGGGGACGGCGCAUCUACGCCUACGAGAGCUCGGCCACGAGAAGGAGUCCCUCCAGAGGCAGCUUUCCAUCGCGCUGCCACAGGAGUUUGCAGUGCUGACCAAAGAGCUGAACCUCUGCCGGGAACAGCUGCUGGAGAGAGAGGAGGAGAUCGCGGAGCUGAAGGCAGAGAGGAACAACACACGACUGCUGCUCGAACAUCUGGAGUGCCUGGUGUCCCGCCACGAGCGCAGCCUGAGGAUGACCGUGGUGAAGAGGCAGGCCCAGUCUCCGGCCGGGGUCUCUAGUGAGGUGGAGGUCCUAAAGGCCCUCAAGUCCUUGUUCGAGCAUCACAAAGCUCUGGAUGAGAAAGUGCGCGAAAGGCUACGGGUAGCUCUGGAGCGCGUGGCGGUCCUGGAGGAGGAGCUACAGUCUUCCUCCCAAGAGGUGAUAAAUCUUUUCUUUCAGAGGCUUCCCAACGGACCGUCCUCCAUCCUGGACGACGGCGAAAUUGACCGGCAGAGAGAGGGCGAGAUAGAGAGACAGAGGUCAGAGCUGGGACAGCUGAAAGAGCGACUGGCCCUCAUGUGCAGACAGGUUGGCGAGAUCGAGGAGCAGCUGACGUCUGCCAGGAGGGAGCUGGCCCGAUCAGAGGAGACCAACCAGAAACUACAGAGGGAUCUAAAGGAGGCGCUCUGUCAAAGGGAAGACAUGGAAGAGAGGAUCACCACAUUAGAGCGCAGGUACCUGAGUGCCCAGAGGGAGGCGACUUCUCUCCAUGACAUAAAAGAUAAGCUGGAAAACGAGCUGGCCAGCAAGGAGUCACUCCACAGACAGAGUGAAGAGAAGAACCGGCAGCUUCAGGAGCGUCUUGAUGAUGCCAAACAGAAGCUGCAGCAAACCCUGCAGAGAGCUGAGACGCUGCCUGAGAUCGAAGCCCAGCUCGCCCAGAGAGUGGCUGCACUCAACAAGGCGGAGGAGCGUCAUGGUAACUUUGAGGAGCGACUGCGACAGAUGGAGGCGCAACUGGAGGAGAAGAACCAGGAGCUACAGCGAAAUGCACUAUCAGAGGAACUGUCCAACAUGAAGAAACUCCAGGAUGAUCUGCUGGCAAACAAGGAUCAGCUGAUCGCUGAGCUGGAAAGGCUUCAGCUGGAGUUGGAUCAGCUGAGAGCGAGGCCUGGGGGCUCUUAUUCCAGUCGCUCUCUGCCAGGCAGCGCUCUGGAGUUGAGGUAUUCCCACGGAGGCGGGUCCCUCCCAACAGGUUCCACCACUCACCUGGAUCCCUUCGGUAAUGCCUCUGCCGGAGGCGCAGGCAAUCGUCACUGGCCCCGCUGGAGCUCUGCUCAUGAGGACACAUCCAUGAUGCAAAUCUCCAGUUUCACAUCCCAAAGAUUGAUCCAGGAGGAGAAGGAGAACACAGAGCUGCGUGCCGAGGAGAUCGAGAGCCGGGUCAGCGUAGCUUUGGACAGUCCGCCCAUCCCUCCCUCUUCCCUGGGGAGAGACAGCACAGGACGGGGCUUCAUCCCCACUUCCAUCACAUCCUCCACCCUGGCCUCCCCCUCUCCCCCCAGCUCCGGGCACUCCACCCCUCGUCUGCCUCACUCCCCUGCCCGUGAGACCGAUAGACAGAACAGCAAAGAUGAUGACCGAUCCCUCGCUCUUCUCGACUCCACACCUCCUCCCACUCCUCGUGCGCUGCGAUUGGACAGGAUGGCCCUCACCCAUCCGGGAGCGAUGCUCGAUGACCCCAGAGAGUUUCGCAGUCUCUCGGCAGAUGGCAGCAGCACCAACAGCAGCCAAGAUUCACUCCACAAGGCCAGCAAGAAGAAAAGCAUCAAGUCUUCCAUCGGCCGGCUUUUUGGGAAGAAGGAAAAAGGAAGGAUGGGCCAACCUGGACGGGAUGGAUCUGUUUCUCUUGCAUCUACACCCUCUGAAGACCUGGCAUCUGGAGACCCAAUGGGAAUGAAUAAGACGGGAACUCUUGGUCCAGCAGAUAAAGACCGCCGCAGCAAGAAGAAGCAUGAGCUGCUGGAAGAAGCAUGUCGCCAAGGACUUCCCUUUGCAUCUUGGGAUGGACCUACUGUUGUGUCGUGGUUAGAGCUGUGGGUGGGAAUGCCAGCUUGGUACGUCGCCGCAUGCCGCGCCAACGUGAAGAGCGGCGCGAUCAUGGCCAACCUGUCCGACACGGAGAUCCAGAGGGAGAUCGGCAUCAGCAACCCGCUGCACCGCCUCAAACUGCGGCUGGCCAUCCAGGAGAUGGUGUCCCUCACCAGCCCAUCUGCCCCAGCCAGCACUCGCUCUUCGACCAGUAACGUGUGGAUGACCCACGCAGAGAUGGAGUCUCUGAACGCCGCCACCAAGCCCCCGGAGCUGAAAGAGUUCAGCUGGGAUCAGAUACUGGCCUAUGGCGAUAUGAAUCAUGAGUGGGUGGGCAACGAGUGGCUGCCCAGCCUGGGCUUGCCACAGUAUCGGAGCUAUUUCAUGGAGUCCCUGGUGGAUGCUCGCAUGCUGGACCACCUGACCAAGAAAGAGCUGCGAGGACAGCUCAAGAUGGUGGACAGCUUCCACAGGGUCAGCUUGCAUUACGGCAUCAUGUGCCUGAAGCGUCUAAAUUACGAUCGCAAGGAGCUGGAGAGGAGGAGAGAGGAAAGCGCCCACCAGAACAAAGAUGUGAUGGUAUGGUCCAAUGAGCGUGUGAUGUGCUGGGUGCAGUGCAUCGGUCUGAAGGAGUACGCCGACAACCUCCGGGAGAGCGGCGUCCACGGGGCUCUGCUGGCUUUAGACGACACAUUUGACUACACUGACCUGGCCCUGCUGCUGCAGAUCCCCAAUCAGAACACGCAGGCCAGACAGCUCCUGGAGCAAGAGUACAACUCCCUCAUCUCCAUGGGAACUGAGAGACGGCCCGAUGAGGACGGGACUAAGACAUUCACCCGCUCUCCCUCCUGGAGGAAGAUGUUUAGGGAGAAAGACCUGCGGGGCGUGACCUCUGACUCUGCCGAGACCCUGCCUGCUAACUUCCGUGCCUCAGCCAUCUCUACACCCUCCGUUACCCUGAGAAAGGUUCAGAGUGAAGCCAGCUCUGGUGCCCGGGGUGAAUCUGCCUCAGUGAGGACGUACUCCUGUUGAGUGGCUGAGGGCGCUGACAGGAUUGUGACUAGAGGACCCUCUCGCUCAUCCACGGAGAAAGAAGCAAUGAAUAUAACCAUUUAACUUUAAAUAAAUCUUUCAGUCUGACCAUUCUGCAAUAACAGAAGAAAGGAAAUAAGGGGGAAAUCAAGAAUGUAUGAAUGUAUUUUACGACCAGACUGCGAAGGUUGAAACGGAUGCGCUGUUUUCUCCCUCUGUCUCUCAUUACCUUCUCAGCUCUUCCUCUCUCGGUGCGAAGGGUGCGAAAAGGACAACACCGGUGUCGGUUAGAGUCGGUGCCGUUGCGCUGCGUAGGUCUCUCCUUUCUUCAUUCCUGUCCACGUAAAGUUAGCAGAGUUGGCAAUAUCAGGGCUCAUUUUCCUACCUACAGAAAAAAAAAUAACACUUGCUGCCAUUUAUUGUCUUACAGUUUGAAAACAAGUAAAUGUGUCGCCUU